AAACAAUUGUUUAUCGGGUCUUAUAAUUGAUAAUCAAAUCAAAUGUCAAAUAAGUUUUAUUCAAACAAAAAAAAGUUUUUCAUUCAAAAUCAAUCAGUUAUUAGUCGACCGACAAACACAUUGAAACACGUGUUGUCAUAACAACAGUGACAACAAACUGACAAACAUAUUGUUUGUUUACAUUUUGGUGUUUUUGUCGGUCGUAGACAACAACAACAUCUAUGAAACACUCAAUGAAUCGAUAAUAUGUAAGACUCCCGUCGGGUGUGUUGUAUGGCCAUCACUAUUCUGACUGACUGACUAACCAGUGUGUGUGUGUGACGGCCGCAAUGCGAUUGUUUCGUAUGAUCGGCUUUUACGUGGCCGUCGCCAAAGGCAUACUUCAUCUCUUAAUAUAUCUGUCAAAAAAGUGCCGCAAACUGUUGGUCGCCGUACUUGCGGCCAUCGUUGCCGUCUACAUAUUGUUCGGCUUCUGGUUGGCCACAUUGUCCACUAUAACUGGUCUGGUGUAUGUCGUAUAUAAUUUUUGCGAUUAUCUUCUCUAUAAUCCAAACGAUCCGCUGGACAGUCGGACAAAUAUUAUGAGUCCCGUGUCGUACAACUUAUCGUUUGAAUCGUUGUUUAUUACCACUGAAGACAAGGUCCGCAUCAAUGCUGUUCUUAUCAAACGACCCGACAAUGAGUACGACAAGUGUCCUACAAUGAUAUACUUUCACGGAAACGCCGGAAACAUUGGUCACAGAUUGCAAAACUGUUACGAACUGUAUCAUGAAAUCGGAUGUAAUAUACUGUUAGUUGAAUACCGCGGUUACGGUCUCAGCAAUGGAUAUCCGUCAGAGAGUGGUCUCUAUAAGGAUGCCGUUGCAGCGCUUGACUAUCUACUUGAACGGCCAGAUAUUGAUCAAAAUAAAAUCGUUGUGUUUGGCCGCUCAUUAGGCGCUGCAGUUGCCAUCGAUUUGGCUAAAAACGGGAAACACUGUCAAAAUAUUGCCGCCAUUAUCAUUGAAAAUACGUUUACGAGUCUUCCAGACAUUGCUCGGACACUAUUCAACUGUCGACUAAUACGAAUGAUACCGAAUUGGUUCUACAAAAAUCAGUACAACUCAUUGAUGAAGAUCUCAUCGGUGGUCAUUCCCUGUCUAUUCGUAUCGGGUCUUAACGACGAAUUGGUCCCCUCGUCAAUGAUGACCUCUUUAUUCACACUGUGCUCGAGUCAGGAGAAAGAAUUACACCGUUUGGACGGUACACACAACUUCACGUGGAGGUGUCCCAACUAUUACGCUAUUUUGCGGACAUUUCUGGCAAAAAUAAUGCCCGAACACAAAGUUAUGAUCGCGGCUAACACCACCACCACUACUAGCAACUCUGCCACAAUUGGUUAUCAACAUACUAUGAAUUAUACAAAUUUAAUGGUAACUAAUGUUCAUCAACUGCCACAACCGUUAUCAGCACAUCAGUCAUUAUCUCCAGAACAACGACAACCAUCGAAUCAGACGCUCAUCUCUUUUGAUGACAACGAUUGCAAAUCGUUUGCCGAUCACAAUACUAUUGAAAUUUAAUAAUUAUUAUUAUUAUUGUAUUUUACUUAA